GGAGGCAACGCGGCGGCGGGAGUGGAGGCGCGGAGCAUGGAGCGCAGCUGCCUCCCCCCGCCGGAGCAGGAAGCAGUGGAAGCGUGGCUGGACGAUCACGGCGACUUUACCCGCUCUUACUUUGUUAGAAAAGCCACAAGAGAAAUGGUUAAUGCAUGGUUUGCUGAGAGAGUUCAUACCAUCCCAGUCUGCAAAGAGGGAACCAAGUCCCAGAGUGAAUCCUGUGCUUGUCACCAGCCUGCCUGUGGUGAGACCACCAACUCUGGGACACCGGCAAGGAAAAUCUCUGCUUCUGAAUUUGACAGACCUUUAAGGCCUAUUUUUGUCAAGGACUCAGUAGGAGCAGUGAGCUUCCUCUCUGGCUCUGAAAAGAAGGAACAGAUGCCUCUGCAAUCUCCAAGGAUUGAGACCAGUGCAGGGGAUCAGUGCUCAAGACUAUUGGAACUUGUGAAAGAUAUUUCUAGUCACUUAGAUGUCACAGCACUUUGCCAUAAGAUUUUCCUACAUAUCCAUGAGCUCAUAGCAGCCGAUCGCUAUUCCCUGUUCUUGGUCUGUGAGGACAGCUCUAAUGAGAAGUUUCUUGUGAGCAGGCUGUUUGACGUGGCAGAAGGCUCCACCCUAGAAGAAGCUUCCAACAACUGCAUUCGGCUAGAGUGGAACAAGGGCAUUGUGGGUCAUGUAGCAGCUAUAGGCCAGCCUCUGAACAUCAAAAAUGCAUAUGAGGAUCCAAGAUUCAAUGCAGAAGUUGACCAGAUCACAGGGUACAAGACUCAGAGUAUUCUCUGCAUGCCAAUAAAGAAUCACAGGGAAGAGGUUGUUGGUGUGGCUCAAGCAAUCAAUAAGAAAUCUGGAAUCGGUGGCACUUUCACUGAACAAGAUGAAAAGGAUUUUGCUGCGUAUCUGGCAUUUUGUGGAAUUGUUCUUCACAAUGCUCAGUUGUAUGAGACCUCUUUGCUUGAGAACAGGCGCAAUCAGGUGCUUCUCGAUCUUGCCAGCCUGAUUUUUGAAGAACAGCAGUCUUUGGAAGUGAUUCUGAAGAAGAUAGCUGCUACUAUAAUAUCCUUCAUGCAAGUGCAGAGGUGUACCAUCUUCAUAGUGGAUGAAGAUUGUCCUGAUUCAUUUUCUAGUGUGUUUCACAUGGAAUCUGAGGAAUUAGAAGAGUCAGCUGAAAAUCUGAACAGGGACUAUGACAGAAACAAAAUCAAUUAUAUGUAUGCUCAGUAUGUCAAGAAUACGAUGGAGCCUCUCAACAUCCCAGAUGUCUGCAAGGACAGGAGAUUUCCCUGGACAAAUGAUAACGCAGAAAAUGAAAGUCAACACAUAAAGAGUUUGCUGUGCACACCAAUAAAAAAUGGAAAAAAGAAUAAAGUGAUAGGGGUUUGCCAGCUUGUGAAUAAGAGGGAAGAAAACUCAGGCAAUAUCAAAGCUUUCAACAGAAAUGAUGAACAGUUCCUGGAAGCAUUUGUCAUCUUUUGUGGCUUGGGCAUCCAGAAUACACAGAUGUAUGAAGCUGUAGAGAGAGCCAUGGCCAAACAGAUGGUGACAUUAGAGGUUCUUUCCUACCACGCUUCUGCUGCUGAGGAGGAAACGAGGGAGCUGCAGGUAACAGUGGCUGCUGUGGUACCAUCUGCACAAUCUCUCAACCUAACUGACUUCAACUUCAGUGAUUUUGAGCUCUCAGAUUAUGAAACAACAUUGUGUACAAUUCGCAUGUUCACAGACCUCAACCUGGUGCAAAAUUUCCAAAUGAAGCAUGAGGUUCUCUGCAGAUGGAUUUUAAGUGUAAAGAAAAAUUACCGGAAAAACGUUGCUUAUCACAAUUGGAGACAUGCCUUUAACACAGCACAGUGCAUGUUUGCUGCUUUAAAAUCUGGUAAAAUUCAGAGCAAGCUGACUGACUUAGAAACACUGGCACUGCUGAUAGCAACUCUAAGCCAUGAUUUGGAUCACAGGGGAGUGAACAACUCUUAUAUACAAAGAAGCGAACAUCCACUGGCUCAGCUCUAUUGCCACUCAAUCAUGGAGCAUCAUCACUUUGAUCAAUGCCUUAUGAUCCUCAACAGUCCAGGAAAUCAGAUUCUCAGCAGCCUUUCCAUUGAAGAAUACAAGGCCACUCUGAAAAUGAUAAAGCAAGCCAUUCUUGCCACAGACCUCGCCCUAUACAUAAAGAGGAGAGGAGAAUUUUUUGAACUUCUAAGGAAGAAGCAAUUUAAUUGGGAAGAUCCUACACAGAAAGAGCUUUUUUUAGCAAUGCUGAUGACUGCUUGUGAUUUAUCAGCCAUCACCAAACCAUGGCCAGUUCAGCAACGGAUUGCUGAGCUUGUAGCUACUGAAUUCUUUGAUCAAGGAGAUAAAGAGCGGAAGGAACUCAACAUAGAACCAACAGACCUAAUGAACAGGGAGAAGAAAAAUAAAAUUCCCAGCAUGCAGGUUGGAUUUAUAGAUGCUGUUUGUUUGCAGCUGUAUGAGGCCCUAACACAUGUGUCAGAGGCCUGCUACCCCUUACUGGAUGGCUGUAGAAAAAAUAGGCAGAAAUGGCAAUCCUUAGCUGAACAACAAGAGAAAAAUCUGAUUAAUGGUGAAAGCAAUCAAGCCAAACGGAACUGAGAUGCUCACUGAACAACCACAAGCGUAUAUUCACAUAGAAGACAUAGCAGUAGGAGUACUGCAUCUUGCUAAACACUGUACGAAUUUGGCUUAUGUUUUGCCACUGCUGUAUUAUUUUCCCAUGUGCCAAGCUGCAGCAUGACCAUGUAUAUGCCAAAGCUAUAUGCAGAUAUAUGUUCAUAACAUCCAGAUGAGAUGGAAAAAGAUCUGCAAGGGUAGUUUUUGCUACUCUGUUCCACAAGAAGGUAUGAGUGCAGUUACUCAGCUGUCCCUGAGAGCCUAUUACUUUAGAGAUGUAUAUAGUUGUUAGUGAUCAUAUUGUGGCCAGUAUCUUAAGGACUACUGCAUUUUGCACCUUUUUAGCCCUCUUCCAAUUAUGCUGUGUUAUGUUUGAAGUCAUAUGCAGUCCUGCCUGUUCUCUUCCCAGAGGUUUAGAGGAAAGACUGAGACUAAUUCUGGGGAGCCUAAUCCAGCAUAUACUAUGCUAAUGUCUUUCAGGAGACAGAACUGGGCUUUGAAGAGUGAAAGCCCCAGAAUCUGUGCACAGAGUAGGUUUUGGUUUUGUUUUUCUUUUUUGUAUUAGAGAAAUGUCUUAGCAAAUGUCUUACAUUUGGAUCUAUUUUUAAAACCUUCAUAAAUUACAAGACAAUGGGGGUCUUAGGAGUUUUUUUGGUAGAAGUGUUUAUCCAUAAAUAAUGGAAAGUGCUUGAAGAUUGAGGAAAUGUUACAACAUAACUGACAGACUGCCACGGAAGAAUGGCUCACGCAGAAAGCUGCAAAAAGCACACCCAGGAAUGGAAACUUAACAGGAUAAUUUUCAUAUGCUGAUUUUAAUUUCAUUUGGAAGUUGAACUUAACAUCAUUAUAAUCAACAGACUGAAUCACGGGCAGGAAAAGUAGAGAAUGCUACUGCAAGAACAAGAGAUGAAAAUGUGAAUCAGAGUGAUGCAGGAAUGGCACACUUCUAGCAACAGUCAGUGACUGAUUCUUCAGGCCAGUGCUGUUAUGAAAUGGCUAUGACCACUUUGAAGACAGUUUUAUGUUAACAUCUUUUCAAAAUAUUUUUUAUGAUUAGUUGAUGUUAAAAAUCAUUAAUCACAACGUCAUAAAAGGAGUAGAAAAAAAUAAUGCCACAAGGAUUUGCCAGUUGUACAUGAGGCAUUAAUGUUCAGAACAGUAAGAAAGCCACUAGCUUGCACUAGUAAAAUAACACUGAUAUUUUAUUUAAAUGAAGAUGACUAAUAAAAAUGGUUGUGAUUUGGGAAUCAGUUUAAGAAACUACACACCUUAACCCCCAAAAGAGUAAUACAAAUAGAGUUCUAUUCUCUGAGUAGACAGGAUUAAGAGAUGAGGGUCAGCUAUCUAAGACUGGUCAGCAAUAGGUAUAACUUCAUCUGCAAAGACACAGAAAGUGUCUUUUUAAAUCUGUAGUAAUGAUUUUUCAGUUGAAGUCAGCAGGAGAGUUAGGCAAAUAGGAUCAUACUUUGAAGUGCAGGAGUUUGCUUCUAUUACAGUAACACAGAAAAGUCUGGUUGGAAACGGCAAUAAAUUAUUCUUCCCAGGGCAUUAUC